AUGCUAUUAGAGUUUUUGGUACUCAGCUCUGCUGCACCACCAUACGCCUAUGGCGUACAAACUGACCCAGAGCAUGGCAAGAUCUGCAGCGGCAAAUAUCUCAAUCCCAUCAACUAUGCUGACGCUAAUAUAGUUGAGAAUACGUUUCACAAUCUCACCUUUCAUGGAUGGGAGGUAAUCCCAGACAAUAUGCAGAUAAUUAACAAUGGACAAACAGUGGUGCUUAAAAUGGAUUUUAGGCAAGGCCAAGACCCAAAAGUAUACUUGGGACCAAUAAAAACAGAAGCACCAUACGAUUUGGAUCAUCUUUAUUUUUACUUUUUGGAGCCAGAACCUUAUCCCAGUGAGCUCCAUGUGAUAAUGCGGCGCCUCGAAGGGCAUGAUGAGGAUUUUGGCUUGGCAGUGUUGGCAUUUAGUAUCUUACCAAGCCAAUAUUAUAAUGCUCCUUAUGACGAGCUAACACAGAGCCUGGAAUUUAUACAAGGAAUAGGAGACACUGCGCAUUUGAUGAAACGUAUGUCUAUUCGCAGCUUUGUUAGCCAAGAUUUAGAUACGUAUUACAGCUACGAAGGUUCAUUGAUUACAAGCUGUUCCAAGCGUGUCCUUUGGGUAGACUUUGUAGAUCCCAUAGAUGUAUUAUCCUAUCAGGUAAGGCACUAA